AUGCAUGAUGAGGAGAAAUUUUACUUCUCGUCCUUCGUCUUCAUAAAAGAUGAUGAUGAAAGUGGUGUUGUUAAUAUUAGCGGUGGAGAACACACGAAAAAAAUGAUGACGAUGACGAUGACGAUGAUGUCGCCGUUGAAAGCGUUGCAAAGUCAGACCUGUCGCUACUGUUCUUCUUCUUCUUCUUCUUUUUCUUCUUCUUUUCGCGCGGCGAGAAAGCUAAAGAAAAUGAAAACGUGUGCGACGAGACAGUUACUCAGGUGCAGCGGUAAUAAUGAAGAGAACGACGAACGAACGAAAACAACAACAAACAAAAACAGCAAAAACAAAAACACCAUCACCAACAACGACGACAUUAGAUUGGAUAUACGCGUGACUGAUGUUCAGUUGAUUCUUGGCGAGAUGAGUCUUUUAUGGAUUCUGGAGCUGAUAUCACGAGCUGUUCAAGUAUCCAUCUCUCCCGACUUUCCUGGCUGGCUGGCACCUAUCGAAUCACCCACACCAAAUAGCAUUGCUUCUAUGAUUUCAGCCACGGCGUGGAAUUUUACCUGGAUUGGAUUUUCUGCAAUGCUAGGUGCGUACGAACUGUCAGAGGAUGACUAUCCAGUCGUCGAGAAGGGACCAAAGACGCCGACGAUGAAAGCUCUAGAAAAAGUCUGCUUGACGAUGCUAUUAUACGCGCCAGCGCAGGCCUUUGGUGAUGCGUUUAGUUUGCACGCCAAUUUGCUCAAUUUAGCUGCAACUCCACCUUUACUGAUUCGCUUACCAACAACAUUCGCAUUUAUAUUUGCUUUUAGAUUUUAUGUUUUGUGUCAUAGAGGAGAAGUGAACCGAGAAAUCGAGGAGUCUGAAUUCCAGUUGCUUUACGCGACUCUUUCAGUAUCUCUAUUGGCAACGUUGUGCGGCGCUAUAACGCAAACGUCAAACCCGCAAUUUCAUAUAGAGCUAGCACGGGAGAUUUUUCAAAUAGUUGAGUAA